AAAUUAAAGACGCACCCCGACAGCGCGUGGAUGCCCAUGUAGGCGUAACCGGGUUCGGGUUAUCGGGUCAAGGUUUGGAGACGCCUAUAAAUAGAGGAGCACGCACUACUCAUUCUACGUCUACCAAUCUCUCCUAUAUACUUUUCAUUUAUUGAGAAUUAAAUACGCAAAAAGCGACCACAAAAAUCAUUUUAUUAAUCAUGGUACAGCUGAAGAAGAAACUUUCCGGCAAAAUGAGACUAAAAUAUACUCCUCCGUACGCCGGCGCCGGCGAUAUGCCCGAACCCGACAUGUAUGUCGUCACCUCUGCCGGUCUGCGAAUCCCGGCGCACUCUAAGAUUUUGGCAUCAGCAUCGCCGGUGCUGGAGAGCAUAGUAGAGAGGCCAGAGAAAAACCGGAGCAACGAACGGAAAAUCACGAUUUCCGGCGUACCGUACGACGCCGUUCACGUCUUCCUCCAGUUCCUUUAUUUCACCAAGUGCAGCGAUGAGCAAAUGGAGAAGUAUGGAAUUCACCUGUUAGCCUUAUCGCAUGUCUACUCCGUACAACAGCUGAAGCAGAUAUGUACAAGAGGUUUAGCUAAAAGAUUGAACGUCGACAACGUAGUUGACGUGCUUCAGCUCGCGAGAUUGUGUGACGCGCCGGAUCUUUACCUCAAGUGUAUCAGAUUGCUGUCCAAAAACUACAAAGCUGUUGAGGAGACUGAGGCGUGGAAGUUCUUGCAAGACCAUGAUCCCCAUCUCGAGCUCCAGAUUUUACAAUUCAUCGAUGAAAUUGAACUGAGGAAGAAGAGAACGAGGAGGCAUAGGCAGGAGCAGAGUUUGUUUAUGCAACUGAGCGAAGCCAUGGAUUGUCUUGAGCAUAUAUGCUCGGAGGGAUGCACCAGCGUUGGUCCAUGUGACAUGGACCCGAACGAGCAUAAGGGCCCGUGUAGCAAGUUCUCGACCUGCCAAGGAAUCCAGCUCCUGAUCAAACAUUUCGGUGCUUGUAAGAAAAGGGUUAAUGGAGGGUGUUCGCGCUGUAAGCGGAUGUGGCAGCUCUUCAAGCUGCAUUCCUCGAUCUGUGAUGAGCCUGAUGAGUGCAGAGUCCCCCUUUGCAGACAAUUCAAGUUAAAGGCACAACAAGACAGACGAGUGAACGAUGCCCGGUGGCGACUACUUGUGAAGAAGGUGGUCUCAGCCAGAACCAUUUCUUCUCUCUCUCUACCGAAAAGGAAGGGAGUGGAUGAGCCGAGGAUUGUGUUGCAUCCUCACCGGGUGAGGAGCUUCAGAGUGUAAAUCAAAUCUCAGGUUACAGCAACCGGAAAUAUGUAAAUGUGUUUUCUUGGUUUACUUUGCCAUGUAAAUUUGUGGUGAAAGUAGAGAUAGUAAAAAUUUGCUGGUUAUUGUUGUGUGUUGUCACAUAGCAAUCUUGCUUCCUGCCGUGGCCCCCUUUCUCUCUCUCCCUUUUUGUUUUUUGCGUGUUGGUUGGUAGCACAGAAGUAGGAAAGCCUACUCGUUAAUGGGGGCUGAGUUGAUUGUAGUAAAUGUUGUUUUUUGGUAGUGGAUGGGUUUGGUUUGUCAAUAUACUUUUUGUUGAGUUAGGAAUUUUGUAUCUGCAACUGGCUUUCAUUCUUUAGUUGGGGUUGGAUUAUUUUAA